AUGGCCCCUUCCUUCCUCCGCAAGAGAGCUAGACCUCAAUCAGUCUCACCUACAGACCCCACCAAGGUAGUUCGACCUUCUCUAUCUCUACCCGAUCUCACUACACCUUUAUUAGACGUGUCAUCAUGGGAAGAGGUCCCUCCGUUUAAAUUCUCAUCUAAACAAUCUCAAUCUCAACUUCAAAAUAAAGAUAAGGAAAUGUCAUUUAGAGGUAGAGGCAAGAAACCAAGUUUGGUCUCUGGAGAUACUCAAUUUCAUAGACCUUUUACACCCAAACCGGUACAUUCCCCUCAGCCUCAGCAAGAUAUUUAUAGUAUAGUGGAUAUCAAUUUUGAUCGGAACGGAUACGGAUAUGGAGACUCGGUCGAUAAGAAUGAUUUCAGAAAGAGUAAAAUUGGUUGGUCAAGUGAUCAUCCAUUUUCACAACCUGUGAAUUUACCACCAACAUCUUGGAAUAACCACAAUACGAGCAACGGUAAUCGACCCCACUCGAAUUCCAACCUGUCUUCGCCUUCGAUUUCGCAGGAUGGUCAGAGGGAUAGUUUACAUAGAGUGAUCAGUAGACGAAAAGGUAGGAAGAAGGGGACAGUAGGGAAAUUGAACGUUGUGAUAGUAGGUGGACAAGGUGUAGGCAAGACUAGCUUUACCAAUCUAUUUCUCUCAUCACUUUCCACCCCAGAACAUCCAACUCCAUUUAUCCCCCUCAAUCCCACCAAAUCUCUUAGUGCCCAUACGGCCAUAUCAACCAUGUCAGAAAAACUGUUAGUGCGAAUCAUCGAUACACCAGGAUUAGACCUCAAACUGAACGAUGAGCUGUCGCACAAGUCUCGCGAGAGGGGUGUAGCUGGAUUGAUAAGAUUGUUGGAAGAUAGGUUCGAGGUGAUGUGUCAAGAGGAAAAAAAGAUUCGAAGGAUGACAGGUGGGGAAGAAGGGCUGAUACAUCUUGUGAUCUACCUGAUAGACGCCCGAACCAUACUUCAUCCCCAAUCCCCACGAGACACGGACCCAGUAGAUUGGUCUUGUCUAGGCUUAUUUGACGAUGAUCAACCUUCCUCUCAUCCCACGUCAAUCCAUGAUAAUGGUGCAUCAUCGGGUCAACCGAGCUUAUCAGAAUUUGAAAUUGAGAUAAUCCGUAAAUUAUCGAGAAGGGCUAAUGUCUUACCUAUCCUUACUCACUCUGAUUGUAUGACAGUAUCUGAGCUGAGCUUGGUCAAAGACGCUUUGAAAAGGGAUUUGAGCAACAAGAAGAAUGAUAUCCCAGGUAAAGGUUUUGGAAUUUUCAAUGAACUCGACGAAGGUUCAAGGAAAAGUCUCGAUUUCUCUGAAUCCGACCGACCUCCUCUCAAUCAAGACCAAAGACCUCCCACACCCGACUCACUCGAAUCGCCAUCUGAAACCAGCCCCUCUGGGUCUGAGUUGCCCUAUUCUUUUUUCUUGCCUGAUCACACCACCACGACUCCCAUUAUCGAAGAAGAUCCAUCUAGGAAAUACAAGUGGGGAGAAGCGAAAUUGUUCGAUUCCGCUCACUCAGAUUUCAUACAGUUGAAAGAAAGUAUCCUGGGGGACAAUUCGAAGAUAUUGAGAAGUAAUACUCGAGAGACGUUGUAUGAGAAUUAUAGGACUGAGAGGCUGUUGGCUAAGACUGGGAUGAGAUGUGAGUAG